AUGGGAUGCACGCUGCAGCCCCCUGCAUUUCCCCUGGAGAGCCGAGCAUCUCUCCCCUCGGGGUUCCGCGCUCUCCUAGCGGGUCAGUGCACGCUAGAGACCGGGGUUGCAGGGCGGGAGUAUGAAUUACGGGACGGUAGGACUCUGCAGCCCCAGCGAGUGGGCGGACGAGGAGACCUAGGAGGGUUCAAAAGGAGGUGGAGGGAUACACGGGCCACAGUCGGAACUACUUUCAGGAGGAGGUCACGUGCGUUCCUAGUUGGGGAACUUUCCAAAUUCCCACUCCCAUUUGAUAGCUCUAGAGGCAAGUGCUUCGCUUCCUUUGCCCAGGGUGCUCCCGCCAUGUACGGGUAGCUGGACCCCAGAGCCUCCCCGGUUUCGGCGGAAGAAUAGGCUCAGACGAUCCUCCCGCCGGAGCGCUGUCGCUGCUGGCGCCUGAGAAGCUGGUUACACAAGCACCCACAUCCAAGCACGUGCCCCCGCCUCCCCUCACCUUGGCUGCCGCCGCUGAUUCUUGCAGAUCUCGGAGCAAGAGUUCCCAAGCUGGGCACCCUUUCCCGCUACCCACAGAGCAAGCUAGAGGACGGAGACCUGAAACUCCGAGCUCUGGAUCCGCUACCACUGCGCCUUCCAAACCGUGGGAGAAGGGGCUGGGCCCCGGGGGUCUGGCGCAUCUUCCUUGCUAGUGCCCUGCCCCCUAGGGCGAAACUUUCUGGUGCUGUACUCGCGGGGCAAAGGGUAUCUACUGCAGCAGCCCGGUAA